AUAUUCAGUACUUCCCCAGUUGAUUUCCCCCCACAUUCUUCCCCAAAAUCCUUCCCCCCAGAAAAACCCUGAUUUCUCUCUGCAAAUCACAGAAGAAAGAAGGGCAACUGGGCGAAGAAGGUAAAGAAGCUCGAAGAAAGAAAGAAAGAAAGAAAGAAAGAAAGAAAGAAAGAAAGAAAGAAGCAAUAGAAAUGGUGAAUCCAGCGCCAGUGGUGAACACUUACCCAUUAUCAAGCUACACUUUCGGCACCAAAGAGCCCAAGAUGGAGAAAGAUACUUCCGUUGCUGAUCGCCUUGCUCGCAUGAAACUCAAUUACAUGAAAGAGGGCAUGAGAACAAGUGUGGAGGCAAUUCUACUGGUGCAAGAGCACAAUCAUCCACACAUACUGCUUCUCCAAAUUGGAAACACGUUCUGCAAACUUCCCGGAGGUCGGUUGAAGCCAGGCGAGAAUGAGAUCGAGGGUUUGAAAAGGAAAUUAUCAAGCAAGCUUGCUGCUACCACACCUUCUCUACAUCCAGAGUGGCAGAUAGGGGAGUGUGUAGGUCUUUGGUGGCGGCCAAACUUCGAAACUAUUAUGUAUCCCUACUGUCCCCCUCAUAUAACCAAACCAAAGGAGUGCAAAAAACUUUAUAUUGUGCAUCUAUCUGAGAGAGAGUACUUUGCUGUGCCAAAAAACUUUAAACUGCUUGCUGUGCCUUUGUUUGAACUCUAUGACAAUGUCCAGAGAUAUGGACCCGUCUUAUCCUCCAUUCCACAGCAGCUGUCCAGAUUCCAGUUUAAAAUGAUCACUCCUUGAGAUUAACCAGGUUGCAACGUUGCAUGGAGUACGUAGUUGCUUCCUACCGUUGUUCGUGGAAGAAAAUACAAGUUUACUGGGAAAGACUAAAAGGCCCUUUAUUCACAUUGAAAUACUGGAAGUUACUCUCAUAACCUUCACUUAGUCCUACUAAUUGGGUAUUAAUUAGAUUUUUCGGAUGAUUUUUUAUGAGAUCAUUCUCUGGUGUCAGGUAUUGGUUUUUAAUUCCCUGACAAAUUCUUGAACUGUUGUUAGACUAGUAUACAACAAAGGCAGGGUAGUAAACUAGUAAUAGUAUGUUUUGUAGAAAUUGUGGUGACUUUUAUGGUAGCUGUUUUUGGCAGAUUGAAUUGUUCUGCUUUUGUAACGAAGGAGGAAAGGGGAAGUUUGUGUUGACAGAUCAAAUGAUUCUGUUGUUUUUCUAUUA